CGCGCAUAAAAUAAUUUUAUACAUUUUGUUCAAAUUAAAAAUAAAGAUACAUAUAAACAAAAACAAUAAAAAGUCGCACAAAUUGUUCACACAAUAAAUAAAAUUACAAUAGAUUGAAAUAAAAACAAAAAAACAAAAACAACUGCAUAAUCAACCCAUUGUCAACGCUAAAUUGUCCAUGUUGAUUUGAAAAUAUAAAUAGACAUUUCUAUUAUUAGAACAAAACUUACUAAGAGACCCCACCGUCAAAAUAUUUGUUCUAACGCAAUUGUACUUAAUUAAACAGUGUAAAGUGUAAACAAAUAAAGAUCAUGCCCGAUAACAGUUCAAAAUUUAAUCCAAAUCUUCAUUUGGACAUACCCAAGUGGAUUAAUGAAAAAUAUUUCGAAAAUAUUCUCAAAAAUGAUGUUGAGAACUUUAAAAAGAUUUUAAAAUUCAGCAUUAUACCGGCCACACCACCGGGUGAAAAUUAUACCUCAAUUAUGUUACGAAUUAAAAUGGAUAUUGAAAUGGAUGAUGGCUUUACACAACAAAAAUCGUAUAUUAUGAAAACUAUGUUGGACAAUGACAAAGGUGGCACAUUUAUAAACACCCUUAAUCUCUUUCCCAAAGAGAAACAAAUGUACGAAACUGUACUGCCACAGUUGGAAUCAUUGUAUGAAGAAUUUGGCAGUAAAGUAAAAUUUGCACCAAAAUGUCAUUGGAUUGAAGAUAAAUCCGGGAGAAUAACAUUAGUUCUAGAAGAUUUAUUAACGAAAAAAUUUCGAAAUAUAAAUCGUUUAAAAGGUUUCGGUAUGACACAUAUGAAGAGGGUGUUAGAAAAGUUGGCUGAAUUUCAUGCUGCCUCUGUAGUGCUGCAAGAGCGUAUGGGUUCAUAUCCAAAAGAAUUUACUAACACAUACUUACCAGCCAACUAUCAAAAAUCAAAAUCCUAUCAGGCGAGAGUACAGAGCUACAAAGCCGCUAUGGCCAGUUGGGGUUUGGAGGAUUAUGAAAAGUAUGCCAAGAGAAUACCCAAUGCCGAGCAGUAUGUCAAUGCCUCCUUGCAGUGUUUUAGCACGGAAACCAAUGAAUUCAAAGUCUUAAAUCAUGGUGACUUUUGGUCGAGCAAUAUAAUGCUUAAUUAUACAACAAAGGCUGCACCCACUAGUGAGAUUAAUCAAAUACGUUUUGUUGAUUUUCAAAUGUGUAAAUGGGCUAGUCCGGCCAUGGAUUUGUGGGAACUUAUUAUUUGCUCGGUGGAGAGUAAUUUGCGUAUACGUAAUUUUGAUUUAUUCAUUAGAAUUUAUCAUACGCAUCUGUUAAAAAGUCUGAAAUUUUUACAUUAUGAAAAACCUAUGCCUCUGUUAAGUGAUCUUCAUAUAAGUAUGCUCAGACAUGGAUUUUGGGGUUAUUUUACUUCCUUCACCCAUCUUGUGAUGAUUCUAUUGCCUUCGGAUAAAGAAGCCAGUUUACUGAAACUUAUGCAGCCCGGUGAAGAUGGUGAUAAGUUUCGUAUGAAAGCUUUUACAAAUCCUUUGUAUGUAAGAGCAAUUUUGGAUAUAUUACCAUUUCUUUAUAGAAGGGGUAUAUUGGAGUUUGAUUAGGAUAAACGGUACUUUAGAAUAUAAAAAAUCUCAAAAAUAAACUGAAAAAAUAACGAUUAAAAAUUCGUAA